AGGUUCAACAUGGUGCCAGGAAAUAAUUUGGUUGAUAGGAAAUGAUUUAGAUUUCGAAAAAGCUCAGUCUACAUUGCAACAGAUCAGAGCUCCUCUAAUUGAAAUGUCUGUCGUGCUGUAUGAGUAUACGGAACAAUUUAAAAGUUUGUUUACGAAUUCAGUGGAGUAUGUCAAAUCUCUGCCUUCUCCAAGAUUCAUAAAAACUCAUCUUCCGUAUCAACUGUUACCGACUGAAAUAGACAAGGUCAAGCCCAAGAUCAUUUAUACAAUGCGAAACCCAAAAGACCUCUGCGUGUCAUACUACUACCACUGUAAACUCUUACAUAAUUUCAACGUUGAAUUUGAAACAUUUUGUGAACUUUUCUUGAAUGAUGCUGUGGCAUAUGGGGGAGUUUUUAAUCAUUAUUUAGAUUUCUGGAAGAGGAGAAAUGAUGAAAAUGUAUUGAUUUUAACAUAUGAAGAGAUGAAAAUGGAUCUGAAGAAUACCGUGAUAAAAAUUGCAGAGUUCAUGGAGAAGUCGCUUGCUGAUAAAGAUAUCAACAGUAUUGUUGAUUUUGUUAGUUUUGGAAAGAUGAGGAAAAAUAAAGCUUGUAAUUGUGAAAGCCUGGUAGAUAAUGUGAAGGGUGCAGACUUCUUCGAGAAGAAAGGGUUUCAUUUUAUAAGGAAUGGGGAAAUUGCAGAUUGGAAGAACCAUAUGACUGAUGAAAUGUCUACCAGAUUCGACAAAUGGAUUGAACGGAAUACGAAGGGGACUAAUCUCCAUUUUUAGUGAUGAAUUUAAUAAUUUCUGUCAUUGAAUCUUACCAUAUUGUUACAAUUGAAUCAUUGUAUUUCAUCAGCGAUAACUCCAAUUGGAUUAAUUUUUA